UUUGUGAAAAAGAACUGGGAAAUAUUACUUGGUUGCUGCUGGAAGAUCACUUCCCUCACAGCUAUUCGUGAAUACGAUCACGAACAUUUGAACGAUUUUUAAUUUAAAAUGUUGAUGUUUUGAAAAAAGUGCUUAUUCAUUAAAAUUGCUUGUUUGCAAAAACUAGCUGCUUCGCUCUUUUUCGUUUUCUAUUUACGGCCAAGAUUCGCAAAAGCUUUUUUUCUGCGGCCAAGGGUUUCAAAUGCGACCAGAAUUAUGACUUGUAGAUGUCCAAUCAGCGAAAUUGCUAACCAGAUUACAAAGAGAAAAUCAGAAGACGAAUUUGACAAACGAGCCUGAAAUAAUGGACUUGUACGCAUGACCAAAUAUUCCGAAAGAAAAGACUCCAUCUGCUCCAACGAAAUCAUUCGUGGCUAGAAGGCAAGAAGCGAUGCGGCUGUUACAAUUCUUGACGCUCUUUUUAGCUCUGUGCUUAGCAGAAAGACACCACUUUCGUGGGGUGUACAUGACAUGGACCGUUGACCAAACAAAUAACAUGACAUACCCUGCGAACCACAGUUCUAGCUUAGCCAAGGUUCAUUUCAAAUAUGGCAUGUCAUGGAGGAGAAGUGACGGGGAUUCCUACUGCACCAAUACGUCCAUAAAAAGCUGCCAGUUUUUCAAACAUAAAACCUUCUCGUUACGAUAUGGUUUCGAUGGCUAUAACUUUCCACACUACCACCCACCAGUGUUUGCUGGAUUUUUUUGCGAAAGAUUUAACAUCGAAUACGAUUUUACAAUUGGUUCCAAUACACACACGUUGUACCUGAAUAAGAACUAUUCAUAUAAGCUAUCAUCUUCAUCUUGCUGCUGGCUCGGCGGGUUGGUUAUAGCUCCAAGUUCGUCAUGGAGCUUUGAAACUGUCAUUUCCUUAAAGAAACGCGGAUCUUAUUUAAGCAAUUCUAACCAGAUCAAUACACCACCUCAGGUCGAUUUCAUUCCCAUGAUACAGCACAACAGAUACUCCAAUAGGAACUACAAGUUGCCCGUAUCUGAUCCCGAUGGAGACAUGGUUCGAUGCCGAUAUGCUGCCAAUUUCACUGAAGGUGGAGGUGUAUACCAUUCCCGUAUACCUUACUCUACUUUACACACGAACUGCACGUUAUCAAUUUCACCAUACAACUCCAAUGGCUGGUACGCCCUGGCUAUAAUGGUGGAGGAUUUUGCUUACAACUACGGAUAUGGUCGUUACGAGCGACAAAGCAGCAUUUCAUUGCAGUUUAUUGUGCGCAUAUACUCUACGCGGGAAACCACCAUUUAUGGUAACAACACGACAAACUGCACUGUUAACGGAACUUCAGUACAUGUACAACCUAGCACUGCUGUUACAUUCCAAAGGUCUGCUACCCCAGCAUAUUCUUUGCGGACGUCAGCUUUGCCCCAGACUACCUCUCGCAUCCAAGCCUUAGAUGGGUGCAAAUAUUACCAGGUAUUAGCAAAUUACGACCGUGCUGUGACUUUCACUCAUUGGAGCUUGUAUCGAUGUGACAAAGAACUGUUUGGCUGGUAUCGGUUCAUGGGUAAUGCAGGCAACAGAAUGAUGAAUUCCUGUCCAAAAAAUCUUGGUGGAUCUUUAAACAGAUGUGGUUCGUUUUAUCAAGGAUGGAUUCCAAAUGGAGCAUUGCCCUCAGUAUCUGAUGGUGUUGUUGCAAGGUCUGUUUGCUUUUCUCGUCAUUAUACCUGUUCUUGUUCCUUCACAAAGUCAAUCAUGAUAAGGAAUUGCGGCACUUUUCAUGUGUACUGGCUGGAUAGUGUUCCAACGUGCAGCUUGAGAUAUUGUGGGGUUGAAGAUAAAAGUUCCGUCGUGUCCUGCACUCCGAACUAUAUGAGGAUCGACUUUGAUCGAGCCUUCUACGAUAAAUCCCUGUUUUCAAGCAUAACAUUGCGAGAUACCUCCUGUUUAGCAUCCAUAGGCAGCUACAACAUCAUACUUGGUAGUGUACCAGGCGCAUGUGGGUCAACUAGAAGUGAGACGUCGAGGUACAUUGUGUACGAGAAUGAAGUCAUUUUCAGACCUAAAGCUAUCUCUGGUACAAUAACAAGGGAUCCUGACCAGCGAGUAAAAUUUACUUGCCAUUUUGACAAAUCUGGAUACAGUAGUACGUGGAACUCAUACAGGUACAUACCCAUAUCCAAUGUCACUGGAUCUGAAGUUGGAUAUGGAAACUUCAGUUUCAACUUUGUCAUGUACACUGACCGUACUUAUUCAACGAUGCAUUCCCAUUACCCUGUGAGUGUUCAGCUGAGAGACUGGAUGCACUUUGAAGUCUACUCGAGUAAAUCUCAGGAAAACACAGUCAUACUCAUCGAUCAAUGCUUUUCCACGCCAACUAUGGAUAGGAACCACUACAUGAAAUACGUCUUCAUCAACAACAGAUGCCCUACCGACAACACUGUCCAGUUUCACAAGACGCAAAACCACCGUCAACGCUUUAGUAUUCAGGCGUUCAAAUUUCUAAAUAACAGCACAUCUGUAUACUUCCACUGUCUCGUUUUCCUGUGCCAUGCCACAUCAACGGAUUAUCGCUGCCAAUACGGGUGCACUGGCAAUAACAUUUUCAGAGGAAAGCGAGAUCUAAGCGGUGUCUCAAACGAUCCUCCUUCAAAAUUUUACAUGGUAGAGAGGGAGGUUCGCAGAGCUGCGGGUAGUCAAGGCAAGGCACAACAAGUGCAUGAGGAUAAAACGAAAGCUUUCAUUGGUAUGGGUGUUGCUGUUGCUGUACUGGUUGCGGUUGUCGCUGGGCUUGCGUUCAAGGUUGCACAUAUGAAAAAUUCUCCUAUGGUCGUCCCUGAGCCAGAGAAAGAGAAUCGUUAUGCGGGCAGCCAAGAGGAUUUGCCCCCUGAGCAGCAUAUGGGGGAAAAUCAUUUGUAUGAUGCCGUUGUAAUGCAAAACAUCGGUGUCAUCAGCAAAGAACAACAAGCAGAGAUUUUCAAGGACAAUGUUCUUUGCUCUUAAUGAAAUCGUUUAAAAGCAUCGGUUUUUAUAGGCAUUUGAAAGACAUUACAUGUAAGGUUGAUAACCUAGCUUAUCUAGAUGCACCGAACUACUUAUCUGUGCGUAUUUUGUUCUCUUUUUUGUUGCAUAUAUUUUGCUUGGUAGCUUCUUGUGCUUGGAAUUACGUCUAGAUUUAGAAAGAGCACAGUGAGCUUGGCCAACUUGUUUAAUAUUUGCUCAGAGAAUUUCAAUAGGCUUGAGAUAAUUAAAAAAGGUAUUUAACAUAGAAAUAAUGGAAAAACUGACUUGGUGUCGAUACGAAAUUGGCUGGUGAGCCUAAAAAGCUUUUUGUCUACCAGCAAUGUAUAAAGAACAUUAAUUUUAAUCUUGUUUUAAAAUCUCAACCUCUUUCUAAAUUCAAAGCGCCAAGCACUGUUGCUUCACAUUUUUCAAACUUCGUAUUCAUUCUUCUUGACUAAUUUUUACUAAUACUUUUCGCUUGCUGAAUAAAUCAUAAUCAUUAACAUUGCGCUGCUA